UUCGAAAAUUUAAAGAAAGUUGAGACUUGCCGGUUUAUUUCACGGCUUGCAAUUGGUCUUUCUACGCUCCGAACAUUCUUUUGUAAUGUUGCAUUUUCUCAUCCUCUAUUGACAGGAGUUUACUUUUCAGCUUUACUAGAUCUACUACUAGUCUAGAUCUAAUACUUUACGGCAUCUUACUCUAACGUAACAGUCAGUAAGGAGGACGUGUGGUGAGGAACGUAAAGAGAAAAGAGUGCCUUGACUUGUCACGGCGAAAGAUGGACUGACUGAAGCCCGAAUGACUUGGACCUGUCAGACGACGGCAGCGAUACUACUACCCGUACACAACAAUGGCAGCUGCUGGUUCGAUCUCCGCCGAUGAGUUUAGAAGUCUGGCCGAAAAAUUCGCAGAUACGUCAAGCAAAAUCGAUGAUGGUUGGCAUUUGGAAAUACUCGCAUCACAGGACUCUGUAUAUCUGUGGAGGAAAAGCAUUUUACCGAGGUCAUCCCAGAGCAAUGAACAGCAAAAAGAAUCACAAAAGGACCCGGGAUCUGCUCCACCACCAGUCCCUUCUGGCCAUGUAGUGACUCCCACAAAGAUGAGCGAAACUACAGAAAUAUGUGCACAGCUGGAUGGCCAACAACUAAAUGUGCAUGACUGGGAUGAAAUGGAGAUGGAGGAGGAUGAAGACGAGCAGUGUAUGCCAACUGUUCUGUUAGAGCGAGAAGUGUUGACAUACGAGUACCACAUUUUGUACAGUGAGAGCUACGCUGUUCCUGUACUCUAUGUCAACAUUUACAAACAAGAUGGUAAACUGGUUCCUUUGGACACCGUAUGGGAAAUGAGCCCUUCAUCUUUUCAGAAACUCUUGGGAGAAGACAAGUGGACAAUUUUGACCCAACAGGAGCAUCCUCUUCUUGGCAGGCCUUUCCUCCAGCUCCACCCUUGCCACACUGGGGAUUUGAUGUCUCAAGUACUCAAGAAUUCUGCUGGAAAUAUUAAACAAAAUUACCUGGCGACAUGGCUGAGCACCGUCGGCCCCAUGGUCGGGCUACACAUUUCCCCCAACUACAUAACAUAGUGCUGUCAGAUGUUUAGAUUUGGUUGUCUGUGCUAAAACUAUGUUGAGAUAUGGCUCAGGCCAGAUGAAUGAGCAAAGCUCAGCUUAUAGAGACUGUGUCACACUUGCACUUGCUCACUGAGGUAGAUGUCUUUCGGUUGGAAGAGAGCGGGGAGAGUGACGUACAGAAAGUGUGGAGAGUGAGGUACAGAAAGUGUGGAGAAUGAGGUACACCUUUCCUGAUGCAGUGUUGUGCUCAAUGAGAGGACAGAAGAAUCCCUCCGCUGUAUAUUUGAAUUUGUAGAUAGGAAUUGUUUUGUUGUCCACCAGAAUGAAGCACAAACAAGUCAGGAAGUGACCUUUGGACCAAGAAGGCAAACAAGGGAAAGACGUGAGAAAGAGGAAGAAGAAGAGUGGGACAACUAGAUGAAGCUGGUGCUGAUGACCGUACUGUGCUCACUCUUGCAUACGAAAUUUCCAAUCAAGGCUGUCACCAACAUCACCAGAAUUCAGAAUCUGUGAAACGUUGUGAUGAUCAGGUGCUCGUCAGAAUAAUGAAAUUGAAGAAACUGGUGGCUCAACACUUUUUACGUCCAUUUGAGAACAUGAUUAUUUUUAUGUGGAUAUCACCGAAAAA